CGUGGUGAUGAUGCCCAAGACGCGGCAGGCGCUGGUGGAGUUUGAAGACCCGGAGAGCUCCCGCAGCUGCGUCGACUACUCGUCCACGGGCUCCGUCUACGUGUGCGGGCAGCCGGCCUAUUUUAACUUCUCUACCAGCCAGAAGCUUUGGCGCCCUGGCGUCCCGGGGGAUAACGGCAACAGCAACCACGUCCUGCUCUUCACCAUCCUCAACCCCAUCUACCCCAUCACCACGGAUGUGCUUUACAACAUUUGCAAACCAUUUGGGCCUCUGCAACGCAUUGUGAUCUUCAGGAAGAAUGGCCUGCAGGCCUUUGUGGAAUAUCCUUUCAACGAGAUGCAUAACCGUAACGACAUGUCCGCCAUUCACGCGACGCGUCUGAAUGUGUUUAAAAAUGACUCUGAGACCUGGGACUUCACCAACCCUGGCCUCAAGCAAGGCCACCAGCAGCCACCGCCACCGGGCCUCGACUACGGACCUGGCGGCGACGGCAUGGGCAUGGGCGGUGGGGGAGGAAUGGGCAUGGGAGGAAUGGGCAUGGGCAACCUGGGUGGGCCCCAGGGCCAGCACGUGCAGGCCAUGAUGAACCAGCAGGCCGGCAACAAGGUCCUCAUGGUGUACGGCUUGGAUGCCGAACGCUUCAACUGCGACCGCGUGUUUAACAUCCUCUGCCUCUUCGGCGACGUGGAGAAGGUUAAGUUCCUGAAGAGCAAGCCGGGAGCCGCCAUGGUCGAGAUGGGAGAUCAGUACGCCGUGCACAGGGCGGUUUUUCACCUCAAUAUGUCUCAGAUCUUUGGAAAUAAAAUCAACCUCUG